AUGGCAAUAAUACAGAUGACUCACAACACUCUGUCUCUGCAUCAGCACCUUGCAGGAAAAAGGUGGCUUCAUAAUGAUCACACAUUCGAUGAUUAUGAGGAUGGACCUACUAUUGAGAUGUUGAAAGCACAGAGGGACAUAAAUCCAACAACAAUAUUCCAGUCUGAGGCAAUCCGGCUCUCUUCUGCUUGGAUGGAUUGGGUCAAUCAUGGAUAUCGCAUCACACCUAGCUCAUUUCAUAUGUUCUAUCUAUGUGACCCCAUAGCCACCAUGGAUCACAUCAUACCUAUUGGAACAACCAACUCCUAUGAUACUUCGAAUCAGAUUCCAGAUCGAGUGACAGGUGCAUACAGCCUUGCACGUCUCGGACCAUCUCAAGACACACAGCACACGCAUGUUACAGAUGUGAAAAUCCUCUCUGCUUCUGAACUAAUAGAAUCUGCGCAAUAUGAUCCCCCCCUGUACAAGGAAUGCAGGUUCGGACAUAAUUCCUUUGUCCGUGGCCGCACAAGCCAUAGAUAUGGUGAUGGACCUGCAAUGUAUGUCGACCUUGAAAGAGAUGCAAUAAAGUUUUCGGAGGAUGAGAUAGAGACCUCACUGGACAUCGACAGUAUCAUUUGGACGACAAAGGUUUUCCGAUGCAGAGGGUCUGUAGGGAUUUAUGUCACUCCGCCAUUUCAAACCAAGCCUGGUAUUUUCAAGCACAACCAUGCAUACGUCGACAUAACAAUUCCCCAGUCUGAAGAAGAUGCUAAUACUCCUGGUGGGCGAACGGAAUGGCUAUCAAAAAGAUUUCCCAUGUCUGCGAUCCCUCACACCUGCAUUGGGCGCAUAUCCUCUGCUUCCUCGACGCUCAAUCUUUAUAUUGCCUUCCCUAGAAUGAUAUACUAUUAUCUGGACCAUAUGGAAGCUUGUAUACGUGAUGGAGAGGGAGAGCUCAGCAUGUAUGGAUUAUUAUUCUUCAUUCUAGAGGGAAAGGGAAUCAAGCUUCUUAUGAAGGAUGAACAGAGAGGGCAAUUCUCAGGACCAGAAGAGGCUCUGCUUCACAAUCUUCCCGACCUUAACUGGAAAUAUAUGAUGAAUAGGAGACAUGGAGAGUUACUGGUAGACAUCAGCAUCUCAUUUACACCUCACUCUCCAGAAGUUCCAAUAUCGGUUUAUGGAGAUUAG